AUGAAGCGAAAGCAUGCGGCGAUAGAAGCGGCCACUGCAAGCGAAGAGCAAGCGGCCUCUACGUCCACAGCGCCAAGAUCUGGAGCCAGUAUAGGCGAAAGCGACAACAUUAUUAUUGCCGACUUGGAUAAUCUGGACGUGCAGGAUUUUUUGCUGCAAGACUGUCAGGCGUCCUCUCGAAUACUUUUGGAACAAGCAAAAGCACGGGCAGAUGAGCUACGACGAGAGUUCGAACGGGGCAAAAAGGUGCUGCUGGAUGCACUGGAAGCCGAGAAGGAGGACGGUGGCAAUCAUGGCGAUGGAGUCCCACGUGCUUUUAUAAUUUUGGUCCAAUGCCUUUCUGGACCGUAUCGAGGGAAGAAGUUCCGUAUGGAUAUCGACACGACGCGGCAUACAUCGUGCUUCAUCGGUCGGUCGACUGGUCGAAAGUUUCGCCCUCCGCGCGGUCUGAGCGUGCCAAAGGAUUCGGAGCUUUCGACGUCGCAUGGAGAGAUCAAAAUGGAGGCGACAGGCAAGCUUUUCUUCAUCGACCUGGACAGUACGAACGGCACUCGUGUCAACAAUGUGCAGCUGGAGGCCCACGCGCCGUUUGAGCUCACGCUUAGCAAGCCGACGAAAGUGGAGGUUGGUGGUGGUGAAUACGAGUUUGUCUUUGAGCAGAAGUCGUGA